AUGUUGUCAUGUUGCACACAAAAAAAGACAAAACCUAUGAUACGAACACCUAUCCUCAACUUUUUCUGUCAGGCCCUAAUCACCACGAAACCUCCUCAGUCUCUCAACAACCCUCCCUACCUCCACGGGAACUCAUCGGAUCGGCUACCCUUAAGAAAUAGGGUCAAAAAAGUUCGGCAUAAGCAGACUUCAACCUCCCAUUCUACUAUGACCGAUAUCGCAACACCUUUUGCUGCAGCUCUGGGUACUGCUGAUAUAGGAAAAAAGUUUGUUCAAAAACCGGAGAAGCCUGACCAGACUGAAUUUGAGAAAAGGCUUAAGGAGGCUCAAGAGGAGCAUGACAAAGUUCGUCAGAAGUUGAGCGAGGUUAAGGCGAAGCUAGAUCUUGUCCAGGUUCCUGGAAAAAACCCUCUCCAAAACGAGCUCAGGGAAAAGCUUUCCGAUCUCCGAUCUCAACAAUCCACGAAAAAGAAUGACCGUGCAAGGAUUGACGAGGAAAUCAAGACAAAAGAUAGUAGUCUCAAGGCCAAAAUAAAGGAAUUCAAUGCUAGAAAGGAAAAGAUCCCAUACAAGACUCUCGAAGAGCUUGAAAAGGCUGUCAAAACCCUAGAAAAAAGCGUGGAGAAAGGUGAUAUGACAUUGGUUGGCGAGAGGAAGGCUCUAUCUGAAAUUUCUACUCUUCAAAAGCAGCGCAAGAUUUUUGGCGCCCUCGACGCUGAUCAAAAGGCAAUUGACGAAGAAAGGGAGAAGCUUGAGGAGCUUAAAGCCAAGAGGAAGGAUCCCGACGUUCAGAGGCUAAGCGACGAGUACGAAGAAACUCAGGGGAAACUUGACGCAAUCAAGGCCGAGCAGGAUGAGGCCUUCGGAAACUUGAAUAAGCUCCGCGAUGAACGCAGCAGCCUAUACGACCAGCAGAAGGAGAAAUGGCAGAAUAUUCAAGAUCUCAAGGACGACUACUAUUCUGCUAGGAAUGCUUACCGAGAGUAUGAGAAGGAGGCCUGGAGAAUUAGGAGAGAGAAGAAGGCUAAAGAAGAUGAGGAGUAUCGUCUAGCUAAGAAGCGUGAAGCCGCACAACAGAAGAUGGAAGAGGCAUCACAAAAGGCCUACACCUCUGAAAUCCUCACCUGCGAAGGUCUUGUUGGAUAUUUUGAUCCAUCUUCUGCAGAGGCCGCCCGAAAAGCCAAACUCCUCAGUGAACCGCGAGUUCUUGCCGCUCAACCCACUCGUUCUGUCGGUGGUAGUGCACCAAGUGGGAAAAAGCUUAUCAGGAAAGACGACCGUGAGGAAGGUUAUUUUACUGGUAAGCCUAAAAAGGGAAAGAAAGGGAAGAAAAAUGCAGGAACCACCUCGCCGAAUCCCGAAACUUCCCCUGCUACACCAGCCAGGUCCGCAAGCGGAAAGAUCAAUCUUCCGGGCGGUGUCGUACAAGAGUUAAUUAAGGUCGAUAUCUUGCCUCCUUCCAACAAAGAGGACGUCCAGAGAGUUCUUAAAGAACUAAGGGGCAAAUUGGCUUGGUAUAAGGACAACCAGGAUCAGAAGACUACGGAGAAUAUCGCCAAGGCCCAGAAAGAGAUUGACCGACUUGAGGCCGAGGAUUUUGAUGGUAACGAGGAGAAGGAAGUCACCAAUGGUACUUCAACUCCCAAUGAAGAACCCGCUGAAGCCGCCAUUGCAGAGAGUGGCGAGAAGGGUGACGAAACUGAGGAAAAGGCAGAGGAGAAAGUGGAAUAAGAGGGACCAUUUCCUCUUCCCUUUACUCUAUUUUUUCCCUUGAUUUUCCUGGCAUUUCCAAAAAAGAAAAAAGAAAGAAAAAA